GUGUUGUCCUGUGCGGCAUGAGUAGCAAUGCGGCUUCAAAUACGCCACGAGUCACUUCUGGAAGGGAUGUUGCCCGCCUUUAUUACGAGAAAGGGCUGCAAAUUGAUCCCACGCAUCCCCAUUUACUUUCGAAUUUCGGCUCGCUGCUGAAAGACGCGGGUCACAAUGCCUGUGCAGUUGGGUGAGUUGUACCAACAUUUGUGAAGACUUACAUAUACAUGAAAAAUGAAAGGGUUUUCAACCACGCUCUGCAACUACACCCUGAAUUGGACAUUGCACUGGUCAACAUGGCAAAUACCCUGAAAGAUAUGGACCGUCCUGCAGAUGCGAUUCCUUAUUACCUUAAGGCUGUAACCAUAAAUGCAGGCCUGGUCGAUGCCUACUGUGGAUUGAGCAUGUCUAUGAACGCAGUCUGUAACUGGACAGCGCGAGAUCAUUGGUUGACAAACACAAUAGUGAUAUGUGAAGAGAACCUUUCGGAGCUUCAUCAUCAGAACAUCGGCAUCCUCGGUGAGAGGAGUGUUGAUGACUGGCUUCUCAAUGUAGCCUUAACUACAUCAAGACCUCAAUGCGACCACAGCUUGAGAAGAUGGGUUCACCGAUUUUGCCUUUUCACAGAUGUUUCUGAUGGACGACAACCUCUCCUCAACGAAGGGAGUUUCCUUAUACGCCUUAUCGACUGGUACCGGACUAGGAUGCAACACCGACGUUACGUCGAAACUUACGGAGAGACACUCUACAGCGAAGAGGUGUCAUAUUCACAACUAAGGGCAGCUCCUACUGCGAAGCCGUUUGGCUUUGUCCUUUCCUUGGCGUCCUUACAAAAAGUUCCAACUGUACUCCCUUUUCAUACUUUCACGCUUCCACUGCCUAGCCGCACCAUUCGACGCAUCGCACACAGAAAUGCCCUUCGUGUGUCACAUAAUAUAAUGACGCAGAUAUCACCAGACAGAGUGCCAUUACUGCCACGGCCUCCGUGGAAACGGCGUAUUAACGUCGGUUAUGUGUCCAGCGACUUCAGUGACCAUCCCUUAAGUCAUUUGAUGAAGUCGGUUUUCCAGCUGCACGACCAGGAUCGGUUCUGCAUCUUCCUAUAUGCGACGAGCCCGUCAGAUGGGUCAAUCUUCCGACAGUACUUUGAGCAGGGCGAUUUCAACUUUCUCGAUGUCUCUUCGUGGUCAAGUGUAGACAUAGUUAACAGGAUUGAAGAGGAUCAUAUACAUAUCCUUGUCGACUUGGGCGGUUAUACCAGAGGAGCGAGGAACGAGAUCUUCGCUGCAAGGCCAAGUCCCGUUCAGAUCUCGUUGAUGGGUUAUGCUGGAACAUUGGCGGCCAGCUGGUGCGACUAUCUCGUCUGUGAUAGUAUCACAUGUCCUGUCGACCUAUUUGCACGGGUUCGAGCAUAUCGAAAACGAAGCCUAAAUUAUUGCUGCCAGCACAGUGAUUUUGGGGUUCCAGUAGGAGAGGAGGGUGAUCCAGAAUCAUCCUCUCCCCAUUGGAUCUACACGGAGUGUCCAAUAUAUAUGCCACAUACAUAUUUUGUCACCGACCACAGGCAGUCUUAUCGACAUGGCGCAAAUCUUUCUGUGGAGGAGCGUGCGCAGAUGCCAGCGGAAAAGCUAUGGAAUGAUGAAAUCAAGUGUAGAGCAGAUCUUAGACGAGCCCUGUUUCCUGAUUUACCCUUGAAUGCUAUCAUUUUUGCCAAUUUCAAUCAAUUGUAUAAGAUCGACCCCAACAUAUUUGCAACUUGGCUUCGUAUUCUAGCCCGGGUUCCACGUAGCAUUCUUUGGUUACUGCGAUUUCCCACUGCUGGAGAAGCCCAUCUGAUCCAAACUGCCAAGGAGUGGGCAGGCGACGAGAUAACAUCACGUAUCAGGUUCACGGAUGUUGCUGAAAAAGACUAUCACAUCUACCGAUGCCGAGUUCCUGAUCUAUUUCUGGACACGUCAGAAUGCAGCGCGCACACUGUAGCAGCCGACGUGCUCUGGGCCGGCACACCGAUACUUGCUUGUGCCUGGCCUAGUCAUCGACACAAGAUGUCUUCUAGGGUCGCUGCGAGCUUGGCCAGUGCUACGGGGUUUGGCGAGUACAUGGUGGUAUCCAGUAGGGAUGAAUAUGAAGAACGCGCGGUGGCCCUAGGGAAUAGCAUAUGUUACACUGUGCAACCCAAUGGCGAUGGGGAAAUAAGUGGGGACCUGCUUGACCUGCGACGGCGUCUUUUCUUAAACAGAGAUACUAUGCCCUUAUUCGACACGGAGCGAUGGACAAGGAACUUGGAGAAGGCGUAUUGGAUGGCUUGGAGGCGGUGGGUGGAUGGCUCUAUGUUUAGGAUGAGUGACGAUGGUUGUAUCUGGGUCAAGGACGAUAUCGAUGUUCCCAUCCGCAUGGACUGAUGAGAUACCCCACCCGUGUAAUGAAUCACUCACGUACUCGAUGUGCGCUCGAUAAAUGUUAUGUAGUAUGUUGGUGCACGAAUGCACGUGACUAGUAA